CAACCCACUACGCAGUGUGCCUAGCCAAGCACGUGAUACACAAGAAAGUUUCGGUCCGGAACCGGGAAAGUCCGCACUCCGGGUCAUAUAUGCCUUCCAUCGGCAACCAGAUGAACCUUUGGAUUGCACGACGACUUCACGGAAAGUAACAACACCCCCCCGUUACAUAAAAAACGAAGAUCAAUUAGCCAUGGCUAAUGUCACUGUGGUUCUCGGAUCUCAGUGGGGAGAUGAGGGCAAAGGCAAAUUGGUGGACAUCUUAUCUAGCAAGGCGCAAAUCUGUGCCCGCGCACAGGGCGGAAACAAUGCUGGCCAUACGAUUGUCGCCGAGGGAAAGACGUUGCACUACCACAUGAUCCCGAGCGGUCUCGGACUCGUCAACCAAAAAUGUGUGAACCUCAUCGGUUCGGGAACUGUUGUCCACAUCCCCGCAUUUUUCCAGGAACUUGAGGCCCUCAAGGCCCAUGGCGUCAUUGUUGAUGAUAGACUCUUCAUCAGUGACCGCGCGCACGUUGUUUUGGACCUGCACCAGCGCGUUGAUGGGCUGGAGGAGAAGGAGCUCAGCGGAGAGAAGAUUGGCACAACCGGAAAGGGUAUUGGGCCAACAUACAGCACAAAGAUGACCCGCAGCGGUAUCCGCAUCAGCGAGGUCUUCGACGAAGACCUCUUCGAGACCAAGCUCCGCCGCAUAGCUGCUGGCUUCAAGAAGCGCUACGGAGACCUGCUCGAGUAUGACCCGGAGGCUGAGAUUGCGGCUUUCAAGGAGUACCGCCAGAAGCUCGCCCCCUUUGUCAUUGACCAGGUCCCAUUCCUGCAGUCUGCUAAGGCGAGCAAUACGAGCAUCCUUGUCGAGGGCGCAAACGCCAUCAUGUUGGAUAUUGACCACGGAACCUACCCCUACGUCACCAGCUCCAACACCGGUCUGGGAGGAAUCCUGACUGGUCUGACUCUUGGCUGGAGAUCGCUGAAGGACGUUAUCGGCGUUGUAAAGGCGUACACUACCCGUGUUGGCGGCGGACCCUUCCCAACCGAGCAACUCAACGAGGUUGGUGUGAAGCUUCAGGAGGAGGGCCGCGAGUGGGGUGUCACAACUGGCCGCAGGCGCCGCACUGGAUGGUUCGACGCUGUGGUAGUCGCGUACUCCCACCAGGUGAACGACUACACGUCGCUGAAUCUGACCAAGCUCGACGUCCUCGACGACUUUGAUGAGCUCAAGGUCGCCGUGGCGUACAAGUACAACGGGGAGAAGCUCGAUUCCUUCCCCGCGAGUCUGGAUAUCCUGGAGAAGGUGGAGGUUGUUUACGAGACGCUGCCGGGCUGGAAGUCGUCGACGAGCGGGUCGACGAAGUGGGAGCAGCUGCCGGAGAAUGCGCAGAAGUACAUUGAGUUCAUCGAGACGUUCUUGGGUCAUGGACUGAAGAUCAAGUACAUCGGCACUGGCCCGGAUAGAGAGCACAUGAUCGUUAGAUAGACGUGUUGCUACUGUUCCGGCGAGGAUGCGGAGCGGAUCACGGUUAGAUCGAAUAGGUUUAGAUGGAUUCACGUCGUUAGAAAUCAAUGGCAUUCAUAACACUCCAGCGUAAGGAAGGUAAUACGUGAAAGCUCCGCGUAACGACCGGAUGGAGACCGAAGGAGUUCUCAUAUGGGAGCCUCUUUGACGCGUAUAAAACCUGGCCGGAUUAAGCCUGGGUAACGACCACGCAUGUUGUGAAACAGGCCCUGUAGUUAGUAUAUAUAUAGAUGAGAUGACGGGAUCCAUGUCUUAGCGAUGGAUCAACCCUGAUCGCCCCCAUUUAUUACCACAUCAAACCACCUUGGUAGGUGCCCAUCG